AUGUAUGCAGCUAAAUAUGGUCGUCUUAAUGGAAGAGGGGCAUGGGAACCUAAGACUAAUUAUCAUGAUGACUACCUACAAAUUGACCUUCUCUAUGAGUAUGUUAUCUGUGCUGUAGCUACUCAAGGAAAUCCACCAACCCAAUCACCAAAUGCUCAAGAAUGGACCACAGAGUACAAACUAAGAUUUUCUUUGAAUGGUACCACUUUUUUCCCCUACAAAGAAAAAAAGACUGACAAGGUUGGUAUGGCAUGCUCAUAUAUACAAGUAUUUACAACAGCGAAAAUUAGUACUUGUGUUACAAAACUACUGAUUUUCAUUUUGCAAAUUACAGAUGUCAUUUUCCAAAUUCAAGUUGCAGGUUUUAAUUGAUCUCAUUUCACAAAUUACAGUAAACCAUUAACUAUGCCAAGUUUCAAUACGUUGAUAUCACUUUUUGUUUAACAGGCCUUUCCAGGAAAUUCAGGAAAAACUGACACAGUGAAAAACAGUCUAAAGGAAUUUGCAAGUGCAAAGUUUAUACGCUUUUUGCCAACAAAGUAUAAUAGGUUCAAGGUUUUGAGAGUGGAGGCUUAUGGAAUACUUUUCACUAAAGGUAUUUAUUUGUUCUCAUUUUUGUCCUGCUGAUCCAAACUGAAGUCACAAUAACAAUGGAGAAAUUAAGGUGAAAUUGGACAAUUUACAGAACAGUAAUGACUAGUUAUACAAAAAUAUAAAUGGCUCCCACAGCUAGCUUUUGGAAAAGAAAGAUACAGUCUAACUUUGUUACAUAUGUGGAGGACUAGACUAUUGUACCCUAAGUUGCCACAUAUGAAUGGUGAUGAAGUUCUGCACUGUUAAAUGAAGUAUUAUUCAGAUGUUAUUGAUAAAUUUCUCAUCAAUUAUCAGCUAAGCAUGGAAGCAUACAUUUUACAUCUCUUUAUGUUUAUUUCAGUUCCAUCACAGCCUCCUACUGCCUUCAAACUGACUGCAACAUCUUCCAUCAGCAUUGCAGCUUCCUGGCAGUUACCACCAGUCUAUGCCAGACAUGGAACUGUUAUAGGCUUUAAAGUGUUUUACACAAAGAAGGUUUCGGAUGUGUCAGUAACAAUCUUGACUAUAAAAGGGGAAUCAACAUUGAGUAAAAAUGUCACAGGGCUUGAUAAGUACACCGAAUAUGAAUUUCAAGUCCUGGCUUUUACUUCUGAUGGUGAUGGACCAAAGAGUUCUGUUGAGAUGGAAAGGACAAUGGAAGAUGGUAUGUGACAGGUUAGAAGUUGAUCAGGUGACCAAAGGAAUGGAUAACCAUGCAGUUACCUUGGAUCAAAUCAAUUAUUUACUCUAUCAAAACUUUCGAAAUCUAUCAACAAUAAAUAUGAAUUGACAAGUGAAGAUUUUACACCAAGUAUUUAUAAUUUUUUUUAAAAAUGAGUAUACUGAUCAAAACACUGUCCAAUUGCAGUUCCUUCACAACCUCCAUCUAACUUCAUGGUCAAUGCAACCUCUUCCACCAGUGUUGGAGCAUCCUGGCAGUUACCAGCAGAAAAUUCUAGAAAUGGAAUAAUCAAAGGAUUUAAAUUUUUUUACAAAAAGAAAAGCUCUUCAGUGCCAGGAAUCGUCCUUUCAAUCAAUAGUGAAUCAACGUUAAACAGAAAUGUCACUGGUCUUGAUAAGUACACAGAAUAUGAAUUUCAAGUGUUGGCCUUUACUUCUACUGGUGAUGGACCAAAGAGCUCUGUGGUUGUUAAGAGAACAAAAGAGGAUGGUAAGAGCUUUCAUUUGUCAUCUAAUAAAAGGCUAGACAUGUGUUCUGAACAGUUAUUAAGAGAAUAUUGAAAAUAGAUAUGUAACCAGAGUUUUAUGAGGGGGAAAGACCAUGACUUAAUUAUAUUAUACUAUUUCAACAUGCAUUGCAUCAUAAUUAGCAUUUAAAGCAUGUAAAUUUACUCAUGAAAUUAUGCAUGCUGGUGGAUGUUGAUGAUUCUGAUUGUUUUUGCUAUUGGCAGCCUUCCAUAUGCAUUUAGACCCCAAAGGGGCACCCUAUUUUGUAUAAGAGAUCAAUAAUAAUUUAUGGAUGAGGGUCCACGACUAUCAUUUUUUGGAACCUCAUCCAUUUUUAGAUCAAUUUUCUUCUCCAGCGUUUUGAGCAAUAGAGAUGAAAUGUUAUCAGAUUCCCUUUCUUUCGAAAAUUUUGUCUCAAAACAGAUUUCAUUGCAAUUGAAUUACCUUAUUUUGAAUAAUAUGUUUUGAAAGCGUGCCCGAAUUUAACAGGCUAAAUCAUGUACCAAAUACCAAUUUUUCUCAACAUUUGUAUAAUUAAGCACUCGGAAAGAUUUCUGCUUCAUAAUGAGGGAAAGGUGAUGAUGAUAUGAUAUCGUCAUUAUGUAAUAAAUAUGAAAUAGCUUUUGUUAUGAUUGUUAUCGUAACAUAAAUGUAUCUUCCUUAUUGUAGUUCCUUCAAAGCCUCCGAGUGGCUUUAAUCUGACUGCAUCCUCUUCUACUAGUAUUACAGCAUCUUGGCAGUUACCCCCAGAAACGUCCAGAAAUGGAAUAAUCAAAGGAUUUAAAUUGUUCUAUCAAAAGAAAGGCUCUGCUGGGUCAGAAUUGAUGCGGCAUAUAACUGAUCAGGCAAAGCGCAUUGAAGAAGUCACUAGCCUUGACAAGUACACAGAAUAUGAAUUUGAAAUACUGGCUUUCACUUCUGUUGGUGAUGGACCAAAGAGUUCCAUUUUAACUGAAAGAACAAAAGAAGAUGGUGAGACGUAGAAAAUUAAUAAUGUUGCCUACAUACUUGCUUGAAUUUCCUCCUAUAUGAACCUUUCUUUCUUUUCAUAAUAUUAAUAGAACAGCUGUUUAAGAAAACAUAGGAGGCUGGUAAGAAUUAUGAUCAGUGCAACGGUCUAUGCACUAGUGUUAACUACAAACCCACAGAUUCACAUAGUUACUUGUUGUAUUCAUCUUCGCAUCCAUCACACGUCAAGAAUUCUAUACCUUUUUCAAAGUUUCUCAGACUUCCUAGUUUAGGUAGUGACAACUCUGAUUUUUACGAAAAAUCAGAGGCAAUGUGCUAGAUUUUCGAUAAACGUGGCUAUCCUGUUUCUGUUGUUCUAGCGGGCGACCACUGUGCUCAACAAAUUGAUCGACAGGUAGCACUACAAAUGGCUGAGAAGUAAAACACUGAUCGCAUUUUAUUCACUCUCACAUUUCACCCUCACAACCACACGGUUAAAUCUAUCAUUCUUACAAACGUUAAAUGACUGGUACUAUCUUUUAGCGACCUCCACUAAUUUCAUUCAAACUUGAAAAAAAAAAAUAGGCAACUUUUUGGUCAGAAGUUCAUUUCAAACCGGUGACCAACCUGGAACUUUCAAAUGCGCUCACUCACAAUGCAAAACUUGUCCUUUCAUUCAUAACGUGCAGAAAAUGUUAGGAAGAUAUCCAUUAAGAUCACUGAUCCCUUUACGUUCCCCUCGCUACAAAAAUGUUAUACAUUGGUAAAACAGGAAGACGACAAGGUGACCGGUUACGAGAACACCUUCGCGACGUAGAGACAAAUGACAAGGAUGCAUCCAAACCAGUGGCUUGACUCUUAAAUCUCCCUAAUCAUUCUAAGUAGCAUAUAUCAUAUGGCAGUUUGCGGCCUUUCCCUACAUCAAGGCAGUUCGGGAAGCCGAAAAACUCUGGAACAAAAAUUUAUCUUCCAAAUCGGUACUCUUAAUCCCCGCGGUAUCAACGAGCGCUUUUCAUUCAACUAAUUUACGCUUGUUUUCUCCUCACCAUAUUCCCACCAAUAGAGUAGCUCCAUUUUCUGCAUUUAAACCUACACACGACCCACAAUUCCUCCAAUCGCUCUGACGAAGGACUAACGCUAGGAACGUCAACCUUUAAACUCUUAACGGUUGCCAAUUUACGUUAUCAAUUCUGUUGAUCAUACCAGAUUACCCUAUAUAAAAGUGGUACUAGUAAUAUUUGUAUCUGGAUGUAUUGUUCCCCAUCACGUGAUCAGUAUUAGGUGGAAGCUAUAUGUACCUUCUAAACCAAGUAGUUCCCGUCAUAUGGUUAUGAUAUUUAGUGUAUCUUUUAAAUAACCAAAACGUAUCAAGAAAUGGCCCAUUGUUCCGGGUCAACUUUUCCAUCAAGCAUCAAACAAAAGUCCUGAGUAAUUGGUAGUCCUGAGGGACUUUGGCCGAGGGGAGGCGGAAAAGCUCGUAACUGAUCGAGAAAAUUAUCGGAGUGACAAUUUUGCCGCACUGGCGGAGUGGGUAGCGUAAAUAUGCAGUAGUAAAAUCAAUCUCCAUCGGUGUACCCAAGGGUAGACUUGACCCUCGUUUAACGCAUCGAGCCAAAGGUUCGCAAAUUCAAAAAUAAUUAAAUUUAUCAGUAUUGCAGUGACUCAUUUAAACCACCUCUCACUAUAUGUAAGUCAAGUCGCCUGGUAAAAGUCAACGUACAAAUAUAUUUUUUGGUCCUACUACUGGUGUUAAAUACAAUCGAAAGUGACGGUAUUCUGUGGAGAGCAUCGAGGCGAUUAAAGACCUUGUUUCUGGUGCACAGCUGUUUUCAAACGAGGCGCUCAUCAUUUUUAGAACCAACAUGUUUACCUAACGCGAGGAUCUUUCUUUGCAAAAGCGCCAAAUUCGUGUAACUAUGUUGAUGAUACAAGAUAUACUGAUCAAAGCAAUGAUUUUUAGUUUUUGCGAGAGCAUGUAUUUGAGUUAUUUUCGUUUUCAAUCAAACGCGUGGCAAUAUGAGGGUGUGAAAUUUUUUCACUCACAAGUCUCACAAUGAAGAAGGUGCAAGUUUUUUUUAAAUUAUCUUUUGCAAAAAAAAAGCAGGUCCUGCUUAAAAGUAAGUCUCUCUCAUUAAAAACUAUAAGAGUUUUACAGCGGAUUUUAACAAUCUUUGUUAAAAGUAAGGAGCUGUCAACAGCUUCUCCAAUUUUCGCAGAGAGCAGGCGCUGUUUUCUAAUCAGGCGCUCACUUUCUGGAACCAACAAGUCUACCUAAGAAGAGGAUUCCUGUUUUACAAAAGCACAGAAUUCUUGCAACGAUGUUGAUGACACAAGAUGCACUGAUCGAGGAAAUUAUAUCUAGUUUUGGAUAGAACAUCUAUUUUUUGAGUUAUUCUCGUUUUCAAUCAAUGCGUGGCAAGACGAGGGUGUGAUAUUUUACUCACAAGUCUCACAAUGUAGAAGUUGCGAAUUUUUUUUUGGUUUGUUUUAAAUUCUCUUUCAGAGAAAAAAAAAACAGGUCUUGCUUGAACUAACAUAGUUUUACGACAGAUUUUGCGACUGCAAUUUACUCCUAGUUUGAAAUAGUCUGUCUUGUUUGUAAUUUUCUCUCAAGUUGUUUAUAUCGGUACCAUAAAUCAAUUUACUUACAUGUGUACUGCAUAGGCCAAAAAUGGCUUUAGUUUCCCUUGCCAGUUUACGAAGCACUUCCAUGACUUCUUCAACAAAAUACAACUCCUAGGGAUCAAUUCAGAGUCAUGAAAAAUUUGAUGUUGAUACAGCAAACAUUUCAAACACACAGCAGUAUUUCAGAUGUUCAUGGUUUCAAGAGUUUGACCGUAAAAAACCUGUUCCUGCUUAUAUAUGAACAAGUACGUAUAACUCAUUUGCUCUAGAUACGUUCAAUUUUAUAAUGAGUUAAUCUGAGAGAAGAUCAUUUAAUUGAAAAUCGGAGUGGAAAAAACUCACUCCGAAACUUACAGUGCAGCCUUCAAAAUUGGAUAGUAAAAAAGAACUAUGAAAGUGACAUACCUUCCGAAGUUCUCCUUUCUGAUACAAGGCCAUAACAGGAGCGUCAAUUUUUUGGCUUAACUCUUUUCACAUAAAUGAGAUCUGAUAAACCGGCCUGUAGUGCUGUAAGAGCUAGUUCUAUACAGCCACCUUGAAAUUGACAGGUAAAAACGAUACGUAACUUUAAAAAUAGUUGGAGCAAAUAAAUGUUUGGAAGUGGGCCUCACGCCUUUUUCUGUCACACUCUUAGAUUGAUAAUACUUAGUCUGAUUCUUUUAUUGAAAAUGGCAAGUACAGCUUUUCUGCUCAAUUGCAGCUCCUUCACAAGCUCCCACAAAAUUCAGUGUCUCUGCAAGCUCCUCUACCAGUAUCACAGCAUCCUGGCUCUUACCACCAGUAAACUCCAGACAUGGCAUUAUCAAAGGGUUUAAAUUAUUCUACAAAAGGAAAGGCUCCUACGAUUCAGCAACCUCCUUGAACAUUCGCGGAGGAGCUACACAAAGUAAAAUUGUAACUGGACUUGAUAAAUACACAGAGUAUGAAUUACAGGUGUUGGCCUUUACCUCUGCUGGGGAUGGACCAAAGAGUCCCUCUCAGGUGGUGAGAACAAGAGAAGAUGGUAAGAAAUUGAAAUGAUCCAUUCUGUAAUUUUCAGGAGUUUCAGAGAUGCUUCAACCGUCUGUUUUGAAGAAGUAUAGUAGUUAGUACCUUGACACUAAAAGGGAAGUUUAUAAGUGUAUCCUUCAUAAUAUAUCUCACACUAAAACUUGUGUGAGGAUGAUACCCCAACUGCUUCUUGAAUUAUAUAUGUUUUUUUCAAUCCCGAGUAUUAUUUUUUGAAACAGCUUGCAGUUAUUGUUUAUUUGUUCACUCUUAAUUAGUGCUAACAUUUUCCUUUAUUCUGCCAGCGCCUGAUGCACCCACCUUCUUGUCAUAUUCUGAUCUAUCACCAAACAAAUCACAUGGUCCAAGAAUAAUCCUGAACUGGAGUAAGCCCCAAGAACCAAAUGGAGUUAUCAGAAGUUACACUUUGUUUUACAGUCACGAUGGAGUUGCACCAAAAGAGAUUUCUGGAAUAGAGAAAGAUACAUUAACUCACACAGUCGAUGUGUUAGGUGGAGUGACUUAUCAGUUUAAUGUUCGAGCUGUGACUAUUAAACCUGGAAAAAAUGCCACGAAAACAGUAACUGCCAAGGAAUACGGUAAAUUUACUUCCAUAUCUUUGAAAUGACUUCUUUUCAGAAGAACAACAACAAAAAUGACAACAAUGUUAUAUUAACUAUACUAAAAGAAAUUUAAGAUAUUGUGUAAAUUAAAAAAACAGACAGUAGCUGGUCACCCAAAAUUACAUGAGGGCUAAACUAGUUGGAUGACUCCUAUUUAUUAAUUGGAAUAAAAACAAGAUUAGGGAAAAAACGGGAACUAGCUUAAUUGCUUUUGCACAUAUCUUCAUUGAUAUUACUAUUUAUAGUUCAAAUAAUCUAAAGAUGAUUCAUCUACACUACUUUAUUUAUAUGAAAUGAUAAAAAAAUCAGGAAAUAAGAUGAGAAUUGUUGAAAAUGAGUAAUUAAGUAUAGGUGACUGCCAAUUGCUGUGAUUCAAUUGACAAAAGGUCCUGUUCUUUGUUAGCUGAAGACUUUAAGCGAUCCAAAUUGUUCAACUAAUCACUAAUGAAAAGGAAAUAUCUUAGAUUUGAGACUUUUGCUGGUACAUUUUUAGAUGACGAAGAUUCAACUGCGACUUUAGUUUUUCGAAAAUUCCUGGUAUUUUUCUCCAAAUUGUGGUAAAAAUAUUUUCCCUUGUGAAUAGAAUACCCAAACAUGUAGUAAUACUGUCUUCUGAUAAGUUUGAUGUUUUCACUCUAUUUCUUAGCACCAAGUGUUGGUCCAGACUCUGUUUCUACCUCUCAAGUGAACAAGACGACUUUUAACAUUUCAUGGGAACCUCUACAAAGAGAAGAGAGUCAUGGAAAAGUUACUUUAUAUGAAGUCAAGGCCAUCUUCUUGAAGAAAGGAAAUUUACACAAAAGAUCCGUCAUUUACAGCCCCUCUGUCAAUACCUCAGUGACAUUUGUUGUCCUGUCUGACUUAGAGCUUUGUUCUAGAUAUAAUGUCUCUGUUCGAGCUUACACCGCAGAAGGGUCUGGACCAUAUGGUGAACCUUUAGAACUGGAAACAUCAAGUUAGUUUCUAAGAUUAUUAUGAAAAUUAUCCUGGUAUGGGACAUGAUUGGUGAAAAAAUUACUGUAAGAAUAAUUUCGUUUUAUUCUACGAUUAUUGACAAUUUUUAAAAAAAGCCGAACUUGUAACAUUCAUUAUACGAUUAGAUUAUUUCCUUGAGGUACUCUGACUCCAUAACUUUUACAAUAUACUUAAGACUUUUCUUGAACUUUUAUUUUUUCUAACAUAACAUUGUAGGACCUGAAGCACCAGGGGAAUUUAAAGUAACAGAGUCUGGAGCAACCCAGAUUACCCUGGCGUGGAAACAAUAUGAUGACAAGGAAAAAAUUGCCUAUACUGUAAGUUGGAUUAGAUUACCGUAUUUGUUCUCUUUGGGAGAAAUUAUUUCGCCUGUAAUUGUAAGUAGUAUAUAUACCGUACAUAGUUAGACAUGUCUUGAAACAACAACAACAACAACAACAACAACAACAACAAUAACAACAACAAUAAUAAUAAUAAUAAUAAUAACCGUAAUAAUCGAAUUAUUUAUCAAGGAUAGCCCUUCAAUACAAAAGUACUGUUAUCAACGGGGUCCUGCUGAUUAAAAGUUAAAACUAACAAAUAAGAAAUUAUUAAAAAUAUAUAUAUAACAUAGAAACUAUAAUACUAUCUAUGGGUACUAUUUAGAUAGUACCUAUAGUACCAUAAUUUCAAACUUAUGUUUGUGUGAGAUGUUCUAAGUAUAUUUAUAUUUUUAGUGCUGACACUAAUAAAUGUGUAAUGACGAUACCAAAGGAAAUUCUUUGAUAUGUUUCAUCAGCCGGAUUUUGUUUCAAUUUAAAUUUAUUUUUCAAAAGAAAAAAACAACAACUCUUAUCUUUGCUAGAUUUUCAAGAAACUAACCCUUGUGAAUGACUUGAUUCCAAGUCAGACCAAUUGUAUCUUCACAACUUCAUAUAUUUACAAAAGGGAAGUCCUUCAUAUAUAUUUUGACUCGAUUUUAAUUUAUGUCACAAAGGUAACCAGACAAGUCACCCAAAAUGAGACCAGAGUCAUCAUUUUAGCUGGAAACUAUUGACUUUGGUUAAAUCCCAUCCCAAGCUCAUUCUUGAAAUCGCAUAAUUUGUACCAAAACAAAAUGUCAAAAUUACAAAACUUUUGUAUUUUAUCUGAACAUUAACUGUUCCUCGAAAUUCACAUUUUCUGUAUAAAAAACUCUGUAUAAUUUUGUCCAAGUUUAUUUCCCAUCAGGGAUUUUUUAAUAGAUUAACGUAGAAACAUUAAUUUUGUAGUAAUUGUAUGUCGGAUCCUUUGUACGUAAUCGUAUAGGUGAAGUACGCUGGAACAAAGUCCUACAAUAAAACAUUCAGAGAUGAGAAGACUAUGAAAGCAAUAAAGGCAACAACACAGAAGGUAGAAGGGUUGAUUCCAGGCACCACAUAUGAAUUUAGAGUUCAUGGCACCUCUGUUUGUGGCGAUAGUGCUUCUAAAGUCGUCUCAAAGAUAACAGAUAUGAUAGGUAAGUUUCCAAAUUCUUUGAGGCUAACCAAUCAUUGUAAUAGGUUAUCUAUGAAACUAUCUAAGAAAACAUUCGCUCUGACGAAGGUCCAACGCUCGAAACGUCAGCUUUGAAACUCUUAACAGUGGCCAAUUUACGUUAUCAUCUCAGUUGACAAUACAAAAUUACCUUGAUAUACUCUCACACCGACGCAGCAACAGAGUUUCCUUACAAACUUACCUUCUUGGAUCAUUUACCAAUGACACUCGUACCUUUCCAUUUUCGUCAAAACCAAUGAUAUCAAUUUUUUGUAAGUUUUUGUUUUAGGUAGAUCUGUCCCCGGUUGUUUGAAGAGUUUUUAACGCUAUCCUCUGGUUCCUAGUAUAGUAUAUCGAUAGCGAUUUAUCCAUUGGAUAGCUUUAUCUGAAAGGAACCCUUUUCUGUGCAAGAGUGUUGUUGUGGUUCAGAAGUUAUUUUUUUCCUUACCAGCUCCUAAAGCCCCAGUUCCACAUAGUAUAACCGGUGUUGAGGUUUCUCAGACAGCUGUGGAUAUUUAUCUGUGGCCUGUUGAACAAAAAUAUGGUCCAGUAAGGUAAUUAUCAAUAAGAAUGUGAUUUUCUAAAGAACCAGAGGUGAAUAGAUCCUGCAGUAAGAUAUAAGGUAAGAUUACUUGCCGCUUCUCGAUAAAUGAGGUCACGCUCCCUCCACGAAGGCUGGUUUCGUGUGUGCGACGGAAAUUAAACUUAAGAGGCGUUAGAUAUUUAAUAAUUUUUGAAAAAGGUUCAUUAAAAAGGGUCUUUUAGGAAAUUAAACUUAAGAGGCGUUAGAUAUUUUAUAAUUUUUGAAAAAGGUUCAUUAAAAGGGUCCUUUAGGAAAUAUUAAAUGAAUUACGAAACUGUCGGCGGAUUCUCGAUGUUAAUGGUCAGUGGCCCCUAAAUGCUCUCUUAAUGGCCUCUUUUCGAGAUGUUACUCAUUAAUCUGGCAUUUUGUUUUAUACCUUUCAGUGCUUAUCAGGUUAUUGUUCUGAAAGUCGCUGAUGGCGUUGAAGAGCUUCCAAACAAUUAUGAUUCAAAACUGAAAGCUGCAAGUGAUGCUAAGAAAGAGAACGUGAAUUUUUACAUUGCUGCUGAGAUUGAAAAUUUCUACAAACCUCAGAAAUUUACCGUUGGCGAUGGUAAUAAAACUAAGGAAUUUGUGAAUGAAGAACUUGAGAAAGGAGAAAACUACAUUGUGUAUGAGAGAGCUCUAACUAAAGCCGAGAUGGUAUGUAAACUACUUAUUUAAAAAAUUUUCCUCUUUUUUUUUUUACAACCAGAAUCAUCUGACCAUCAGCGUGGUGAAACGGUCUGCCUUUUCUUCUGGAAAAAAUAUCUAACUCCUCUCCAUCAAGAUUUAACCUUGGAGGAGGCCUACCUUAAACUCACUAGAGCACAAACGUGCCUUCAUUAGUUGUACAACUGGGUUUAUUGACCUUUUUCUGAGUCGAUUUUUAAGAGUAGCUCGCUAGAGAGUACCUCUCUCUGUAUUUGGCACUGCAAAUACAGAGAAAGGUGUAUGUCAACGCAUACCCUCCUAAUGUGUGUAAACACAUACACUAGGAGGUUAUGUAAUGUAACCACACAAUAACUUUGCAGUUCCUUUGGUCUCGAUUCAGUUGCUUCUUUGAUUUUAAAGCACGUGCUCUGUUUGUCUUUGUCCUUGUAUAUUUCACAGGUGGAAUUAAAAGGAAAUGCAAGCAUAGUUGCCAAAAUUUCCAUCAUCUCUACUACCACGGGUUUGUCUAUAUUGUACUUAACAAGCAAUGAAGUUACAUAUUGUACUACAAAGUAACAGAGAGCAAAAUGAUUUCUGGAGCUUUUCAGGAGCAGUUCUUUACUUGCAAGAAUGUUGGCUCCGAGAGCCUCAUGCACAGGCUGGUAUUAAUUACAACUAGCCUGGAGAUUCUUCUCGUUAAGUUAAUCUUGCAAUUAAUUUUUUGUUUUAAGUUAUCAAGACCUAGUUUCUCGUUCAGACUAUCUAUAUCAUCAAGCUAUGCUCAAUCCAAAACACCGACUUCGAGUGUUCACCGUUUACCCCAGAUUUUGUCUUACUCAUGAUCAGUUUCGUAGGAAGCUAAAUUUGGUGACGGUAAUAAGCUGCAUCGCACAUCGGAGCAAACAAAAUGAUUUUGAUAACACAAUUGCGGUGUGUCACGUGUAUCUCUCUCGUCUUGUUCAAUAAAGUUUAGAAACUGGACUUGGCGCUGAUUUUUUUAAAUUAAAUUGCUCGUAGUACUGAGCUUUAUUGAGCUACGUCACAAUAUUUUGUGUGUUUUUUUUGCCGUUUUGUUCCUGAAAAACUGUAAUGAAUGCAAGGGAAACCAUAAGUUAAUUGAUAUCCAGGGUAGACAAACACAAUAAAAGUACGAAUGAGCCUAAAAAGAACAAGGAUGGCUAAGAAUGGAGAAGUUUGACAGCGAUUACUAAUGAAGAAGUUCUAUUUUGACGGUUGAAUGUACUUUCCUCCACCUAGCUCCAUUGAGACUUCCCAGUAGCAGGAAACAAUGAUACAGUUAGUAGUACAAGUCAGCACUCCAAGCUGCAAUCAUUUUGGUUGCCAUGGCGACGAAAUUCUCAGCGAAAGUCGACGAAUUCGCUACAUGUUUUCGCCUGUCAAGUAGCAAGCUGUAAUGCUUUCAUGUUUUAACAAAAUUGAAUGGCCCAUACCAGGGGCUUUAGUCUUGAGAUGUCACGCGAGCCUUUAAAAUAAUUGUCGGCCACUGUCGACUAAAAAUUAUUUCUCUUACGACGAUUACCUGGUUUUCGGCUGCGAACUGUCUGCUCUGAAACAACUUUAAGCGUGGAGCACUGCAAGUAGUAAUUCCCGAAGAGCUUAAUUAUUAAAUACUCUUUACUUUUUUCUUAUGCAGAAGGUGAGAAAAAGGAAAGGUCCAGCGGUUCUAACGCUGCAGCUGUUGCUGUACCUGUAGUCCUGUUGCUACUCCUUAUACCAGCAGUUGUUGUCGCUGUGUUCUUAUACCGGAGGUUUGUUUCGUUUUAAGACUGAAUCCUAGUGACUGAGCGUUAAAAAAAAGUAUGGCAGCCGAAAAUUCGACAUUUUGUUCCUUUUUUUAGGAGAAGGCAGUCAAGAUCCAAAAGUGCCGGGGAAAGAUCUGUUCAACUAGAUGACAUUAAAGACGAUUCACAAGACCUUACCUCAAGUACAUCAAAUCUGGUCUAUCAAAAUGUAGCAGACAUUCGUCGGACAAUUCAUGGUAAUUUUUCGUAGAUAAAGGUGAAAUCAAUACAUACAAUAUACAUGUUAGUUUUCUAGGAGAGGGUCAUUGAAAAACUUUCACGGUUGAAGUCAUAACGUUCGUACAAUUAGCUACGAUUGAAUCGUUAUUUUCAUGUUAAAAAGGAUUGUUGGGAUGCCUUGCUAAAUUUUUACUUAAAAUGUGUCUGACUCGUGUAUUGUCUGUGUUACAAAGUUAUAUCUUUAAAGUCAAAAUUUGGAUCAGCAUCAUUUCAACUUGGAAAGUGGCGAAAACUUUUCAAAUUAAUAUAGGAAGUGGUUUGUACCAGGAGCAAUUUUUAAUCGUGCAGUCAAGUUUGCCGUGACGCUAUUGGCUGCAAGAUUCAAGUAGUGUAACUUGGUCGUGAUUGCAUCAAUCAGCUAUUACGAACCAGAUUUAGUUACAUCACCUGACAAACAAAACAAUUUCUCACUUAAUUGUGCUGAUGAAAUUUUUUCCUGGUCAUUGAAAGGUCUUCAUCGCAGUCGACAACAGUCCUUUUCAAAACAACCCUCACCUGGUCUAUUGGACUGCGUGUAACUGGUCAUCGUUUUUAAAUGCAUAAAAAAAAGUAAAACUAGUUGAUUGGAGAUUUGUAUCAAAACAAAGUUGUGGUUACUAUAUAUAUAUUUAAAGUUAAGUUACCUUAAAAAUGUAAUUCGUGUAUCAAGUACCCUACUACAAAAAUCUCGAAAAAUUAAUACCGCAUAAAAUGCUGUUUUGCGCAGCCAUGGACAACGAUGAAUGAAAUCUUAAAACUACCAGCCCUUUGUCGCAACGGCGUGAGUUUUGUUCAUGUGGACGUUCCUUGUCACAAAUGAUUCUUCUCCACUAAAUAUUAAUUCAGCACGUGAGGUACAUGGUACAUGAUUCUCAGACAGCAGAUACCUUGAGUCUAAAAAUAACUUUGUGGGGGGUAGUGGAGCUACUCCAGAUUUAAAGGUUACUCAAGGAAUACACUCUCAUGGCUUGUUCGUUACUUGAGCUAUAUCUUAAGGUCAGGGUAUGUGUUUCUUGUUGAGUGUAGCAAACGAAACGGAGCAAUCGGAGCGUAUCUGUUACCUAGGAGGAGAAUUGAUAACACGGUCGAGCGUCCAUAGAGAAGAUCAAAGGAAUUGUAGAGUUCCUUAUGAGCGAUUUUUCUACCCUACAGAUGCUGGGAAACAGCCUGUUAGUGACGAAGAAGAAGCUAUUUACAGUGAGGCUGACGAUGGUAAACCCAAGCCAAUACCUGUGGCUGAGUUUCCAAAAUACUUCAAGAAAAAAUCAGAAAAUGGUGCCAUUGUGUUGCGCGAGGAAUUUAAGGCAAGAUAUGUAAAUUUUAUCUAUUAUAGUUUUUACCUCUUUCCUUUUCUUUCUUAUUAUUGUAUGAUACAGUAAUUAUAAAUAUUUCUCGAAUUGUUUCGUGAUUUUUACUUUCUUAAUGGACAACUUGACAUACAUAUGCUUCAGUACAUUAUGUAUCACCAUUUUUUGCAAAAGCGCAAGAACAAUUUUUUUGGAUGUCGUUGCAAGGGUCGAAAAAAGUGAUGACAUCUAAUCGGUUUUGAUAAGAGCACAUGUAUUGCAACUUAGUUCAUACCUUUUCCAGUAUUUACCAGGUGGGAUGCAAUUUGCUUGGGAGAUUGGCAAGAGUAACAGAGGCAAGAACCGUUAUGGAAACAUUGUUUCAUGUGAGUACAUUCCAUCAACUUUGUAAGUAAUUUUAUGCAAUGGUCACUAUGUAAAACCCAGAAGUUUAGAUAACUAGAAGUCAGCUUCUAGUGCAGGGACUGUAACUGGUGUUUCCCCUUUCAGUCGUCCUGUGAGGCAAUUAAGUCGAACCAACUCAAUAACCACCUCCUAGCUGGAUGGUUAGCUCAGUUGAUAAAGUAAUGCACUGAUAUCACAGGGGUCAUGGAUUCAAAUCCCGGUCAGGCCUGAAUCUUUUUUUUCAAAUUCCAUUGUUGAUAAAUCGCAGAACUAUACUGGGAUUAACAAUCGCUUCAAAAUUGUUGAUUUAGGAAGUGGUGAGCUGAAAUCUUGAGAGAUUAUUAUGUUUUAAUCCAAAUUUUGAACCUUACGUUCAAAGCGCAUCAUUCUUAAGAUUUCUUUGCAUUUCACACCAUUAAAAAAAACUGUUGAAAAAUUCAAUAGAAACUGAACAAACGAUUGUGUUUGUUCACAGAUGAUCAUUCUCGCGUUUUGUUGGAGGAAAUAGAGGGUGACAAAAACUCUAGCUACAUCAAUGCAAGCUACAUUCCGGUCAGUAACAAAAAAAGCAUACGACAACGUGAACACAACAACACUAUACGACAUGACACGACAAGACAAAGAAGAACGACAAAGUCGACCUUACUUGUUUGAUAUAAUGAAUGAAUAAAUCGAUAAACAAUCGAUAUUUGAGUUGAUUAUCGUGAAUUUUUGUUAUCUUUUUCAAAUUUCUCUCCUCAGACCUACGAUGAGGUCACCAUGAUUUAUAUCGCAACACAAGGUAAAUAUUACUUGAGGUGUCUCGUGGAUACACUGUAAGUUGUCGCACGCUAACUCGUAUUGCUGUAGAACAGCUCGUAGGAAAUCUGACGUAACAUAGAGUCAGAGGGCUAGCAAAUGUCCCAUGAUAAUGAGGGUCACUUUCACCGGGUUCUUUGUCGGUAUAUUUAAUCGUGUACCCUUUCCAAAUGGGGCACCCCUGGAACUAAAAAAAGCGUCGUCGAUCUCAUCGUUAAAGGUAAUGCAUUGUAGGAACAAAGCUUUUAGAAAACUCUCAUCCAGUUCAGACGACAGUUUCUAGACUUUUAGGGGGCGAAGAUUAUCACUCGUCAUUACAGGGUUCCAUCAACUUAUUGGGCUUUUUGUUGUGGCCUUUUACCAGAAUUUUGCGUUGUUUCAGUGUUCUACUCUUUGGGCAGAAGUAUUCAGGGAAUAAAGCAGCAAUAAAUGAUGAAAACUCCCACACUCCCCAAAAAAAGACUUGUCCCAUUCUUUUGUUAAUAAAUGCUAAAAAGCUCCUGUGAAAUUAACUCAUGUUUCGCCUCUCUUUUGUUUUAAUGAUUAUUAGGUCCAACUUCUACAACUAUCGCUGAUUUCUGGCGAAUGGUCUGGCAGGAAAACAGUUUCACUAUUGUGAUGCUUACAAACCUGGUUGAACUGGGAAAGGUAGACGUAACGCAAGUUUUUAGUUUGAUGUUGAACGAAAUCCGGAGUUUCAGUGAUUUUUCAUUUUCUACACUUAAGGAGUAGUCUUUAAAACAUGCAUCAUAACCUCAGCCAGCAAGCCACCCAGCGAUUAGGCUACUUGCGUAGCAUGCUGUACGAUGAAGUUGUUGGUCGCUAUAUAUAAUAUCAACCUAUUUUUUUCUUAUCAUAUCUUUAGGGCAAAUGCGAUCAGUAUUGGCCAGAUGAUACUUCCAAAUUUGGUGCUAUCACAGUUACCCUACACAAGACUGAAACAUUUGCCGAUUACGUCAUCAGGUCAUUGAUUGUGACAAAGGUGGGUUGUCUCUGUUCGAAAUGAAAUUACGUUGAAUACGACGUUUUGCCUUUUUUUUUUACUGUAAACUACUUGCAAAGAAUGACAGCGUAUUUUAAACCAAGAGAGCUCCCUCUGUAACAACAUUCCCAACAUGAGAACGAAUUCUCACUUAGGACUCAGAAAAAAGGACCGUGCAGCAGUUUCAUUACGUCACUUGGCCUGACAAAGGUGUCCCACAACAUUCCACAGCUCUACUUGGAUUUAGACAAAAGAUUCAUGCGAGGCACCAGGCUACUGGUGGACCACUUGUUGUGCACUGCAGGUAAAAAGUAUAAUAAAAUUUGAAGACUUCAAAUUAAAUGCUUCACAUCCGCAAAUCUUUAUCGUAUGUUAGUUUAGUUCUUCUGUAGAUAUUUCAAUUGCGAUUUCUAUCUGGUUUGGAUAACAGGAAACAAACGUUUUGAUCUGACGAAAGAUUAAUAUCACAAGAAACCUAAAAGAACUGAAAUUAAAACAGCAAAACUGUCUUAAGUGUUAGAAUUAUAUGCGUUAGAUUAGGGCUCUUUUUUAUAGUGUAGUUAACCCUUCAGCUCCCACGAGUGACUAAGACAGAGUUUCUCCUUACAAUAUCAAUGCAAUGUCAACCAGAUAAGUGAUAAGAAUAAAAAGAAAUAUCAGCUGGGGGAUAAUUAGUUGAUCUAAUACUUAAUUCUCCGAACUAACAUAUUAAGAAUUGUAUGGUUGACAGUUAGGAGAAUUACAAAUUUGGUCGAGGAGCUGAAGGGUUAAUAAAUAGAUCUCAAUUGUUUACUCUCAAUACUCUUACUGAACACACCAAUGAUGUCGAGAAUUUUAAAAACACAAGUGAACCCUGUUGGAAGCGAAGCUUAGAGGUAUCUGAUGUAUUUCAAAAGUCAGGCCUCCAACUUUUACCUUCUACUCGUUCCGUUUCCUCUUUAUUGGUCGCGAUCCAUAAUAGUUCUUGCUAUUUUUCCUCAAUGUCUAUUGUUCUCUCCGUUGUUUGUUACUUACCUCUGUGGUUACCUUUGUACAGUGCUGGUGUUGGUCGAACUGGCACAUACAUUGCUAUCGACGCCAUGUUGGAGAGUGCUGAGAAGAUAAAAACUGUGUUCAUACAGAAUUACGUGCAAGUCAUGCGUAGAUCUCGUCCUCAUAUGAUUCAGAAAGAUGUAAGUUAACAAAUUUAACCGUUUUCCAUAAGAAUAACAGUAGCAAAAGUCCUAUUUAUUCUCCCCGAGUGCAUCUUCAGAAAGAGUAUGCGUCAUGAUAUUAAAACUGAUACGGUGUCUUAAUGACCCAAGCCUGGUCAUUUUUCAAAUCAUUUUCAAAUCAUUUUUUAUGAUUUCGAUAUGACACCCAAAUGAUUUUAUAGAAAAUCCUAACCUUUUGCAAUUUCCAUCUGAAAAUUUAGUAAAAUACAGAGUUUAUGUAAAAAUAAAUACCACAGUGAGCACUACUCUUUUUUUAACUGCUAGAGUAAUAAAUCGAUCAAUAAAUUUACAGGGGCAUUAAGUAACUCCUUCCUUACUAUCUUAUAACUCAUUCACACUAACAAAACAUGCUCAGUUAAACCAAAUUUUUACUGAAAGAAAACCACAAACAGAAAACUGAAAAAUUGAAUUUUUCACGAUACUUAAGUACUCGGUUACUUGUAUUUUCAAUUUGCUACAUUUAAACAUUGGUUCUAUGAAGACAAGAAAUUAAACCAUGUUUUACAAAACAGCUUUAAAACAUGUCUAAGGUUUGGUGUGUAAAUGAGGUUUGAAUAAUUUGAGAAUACGACUGAUAUACGGAAAAAUGGCCGACCUUCUUUGUAGAGUUCAAAUUUGCUCUUCGGCCAACGCCAGGAACGGUCACGGUUUUAAAAACGAUGAUGUUUUGGUUGGUAGCGAGGAUACAGGGUUUAUUUGUCGUGGAUGUUUCAGUUUGACGGUGACGAAUUUCCUAAAUCUAGCUUCAUCAAAAACUGUCCUUUGCAACAGUAUCGGUAUGUUCUUUAUCUCUGUAUAGGACCAGUAUGUUUUCUUGCACCAAGCAGUGAUGGAAGCCUUGGUAUGUGGAAAUACAGAGAUUAUCCCUCAGGACCUACGAAUUGCGACAAACAAGCUUGCCAAGGUGCAUAAACCAUCCAAAAAGACUGGAUAUGAACGAGAGUUAAAGGCAAGUGAUAACUAUUCUUAGUAACUAAAUUGGGUUUUGUAUGUUACUAAUUGUGCGUAAACGUAAAUGCUGACAAGACAGCUUAUUACUUGCUUCUGGAGAUUCUUUUAAAGACGUGUCAAUGUGACUUUGUUAACUUCAUGUUCAUAUCUCAUCUGCAGUUCUUAAAGACAAAAAAAUCUCGAAAAAAUUAUUAUCAGACGUAAUUAUCAAAAUACAAAGCGUGCUUUUGUUCAUGGAUAACUUCUGCAAAUUUCUUUUUAACAUACAUAUUAGUAGCAGAUGAACUACUCUGUAAUUUGUUGAUCUUACAUCACAAUAUUUUUUUCACUUUUCUAUAAAUUUAAUUUGUGUGUGUGUGUUUUGCGCGGUUAAAAAAAAAGAUUACCUUUAGCCUGAAUGAAACAGCAAUAUAGUAGUUCGCUAAGAAACAAAAAUGCUAUGGAAACGACAAUUAACCAGGACCGAACAAAAAUGGCUUAAGAUGGAGGGGAUUAAAACUGGAUAGGACAAACUGAGAGAAUUUUAUGUGUUGUAGCGCUUGGAGCUUGUAACAGACGCCCACGCUUCUCAAGAAGUAGCAACGAACGCAUUUAUGCCCGCUAACGUCGUCAAGAACAGAUUCCCCAACAUUGUUCCGUGUAAGUGUUCCUUUGUCUUUGUUUGCAUUGUUUCCGAAACACUAAACAAAACUUUUGCUUACUCCUGAAUUAUUUUUUAGCGGAGUCUUAAACCGAGUGGGGUCUCAUUCGGUCUGUGAUCUUACCAGGGAUCAACGAAAUCGAAAGACCACAAGGAACGUUAAUUUUUUUUGUCACAAGAUAGAUUUGGACGACAGUAAGUUCUGUUACUGAACAAUCAAAACUGUCAGAGCAUUUUGGGAACAAAAUACACAUUGAUUACGCGCGAACUAUCCUUUCUUACUGUGCAGUUACUGACAUGAAUCGUGCACUAUUAGAUUAGUGCGCUGUUCAAGCUACCGAUCAUUAAUCGUACUCUAUCAUUUUGUUACUUUUUAUUAACUAAGGUUAUAGCCUAUAAGAGACUAUAAUGCACCCUUUCAUUGGUUGAAAGAGCCUGCUCUAUCAAAGUACAGAGCAUGGAGCUGAGCUAGAGCUGUCACGCCAUCCGCCAAUUUUUACUAUGUCCGACCAUUUCCCGGACAUCUCUCUUGUUUUGUUCGUUAUGUAAAAGUGAAAUUUCACGAAGUGGGGAGAAACACGAGACAUGGUCGAGUGUUUCUCCCUACACUUCUUUCGUGUUUUAGCCGCUUCCUGCGUUCUUUACAACAGAACAGAGCAUAGUCAAGGCUCCAAACGCUAGAUCUGAGACAAUCCUUAUAACUUUUGUUAAGUAUAUUUUUUUUGUUUGCACAAAUGCCUUUAAUUUGAUUAAACAUUAAACACUUACAUUCGAUUUUGUACCAGUGGACAAUGCUCGAGUGCAUUUACAAGCGUCUUCACAAGAAAAGAGUUACAUCAAUGCCUCUUAUGUGGAUGUAAGUGUAAAAAUGCCCUUGUAAAAUUUUUAUAAUAUAUUCUGUAAUUCUAGCGUGCUGAUAAGAAAAGACUCAGUAUUUUCGGGUUCUUUAGAAAGCUUUCUGUUGCAACGUGUCUGUAUUGUAGAUUUUUUAAUUCAGUCAACCCAUAAAAAGGUGUUUAUUUCUAUUCAAGUUUUCCUUCUUGGGUUGUGGUGUUUUUAUUCUUUUCGUAUUGGUAUAUUCGUGUUGCUUAACUUGACGUCCAUAUUUUUCUUUGAUCUUUUAUUUAUCAGGACUACACACAACGUAAUGCAUACAUCCUGACACAAGCUCCGUUAGACUGCACCAUUAUAGACUUCUGGCUUAUGAUUUCUCAGUAUGAUAUUGGCACAGUUGUGAUGUUGAAUAACUUGGAAGAAGGAAAGCAGGUAAAAAUCAUGGCAUGUUUUUGAAAAGCAUAUAGCAACACUCUUCACUCAGUGUUUGCAACGAAGUGUGCAAAAUAUGCCUAAACAAUAUGCUAGAGCUAUGCAAGAUUGUGCUAGAAAUCACGUGAUUUAUUUCAAAACAGCCAGCUACUGAUAUGGGUUACUAUUGGUAUCUGUGGUGAACUUUGAUAGAUUACCUCUAUUCGUUAAACAAAUUGGUAUAGAAAUAAUUAUUUAAGUUAUUAAGACAUUUUGACAGGACGCGUCACUGUAUUUCGGUUAUCAUCUCAACACUUUUAGAAUGAGGAGCCAUUUGGUACCCUUCAUCGUCCGGAGAAAGUAACAUUUUACAACGAUUGACCAACUGAGUAUACUCUCAAAUGUCAGUGAGACGCUAUAGUUGAAACUCUUUUUCGCAAAAUCCUUCCUACCAUCAUGCCCACCAUCAUAUCACAUAUAUUUAGUUAUUCGUGUCACGGAUCAUACAUGUAACACUACUUUUCUUUUUUAGAGUUACCCACAAUACUGGCCAAGCGAGGGAUCUGCCAAGUAUGGUGAAGUCACUGUCCAGCUUUUGUCCCAAGAAACUUCAAACAAUAUCACUACUAGAGGAUUCAGCGUCGAUAAUGCAGCGGUACAGUUUGUUUGUUCUCGAAUUGUAAGGUCCCAUUUUUCUGGUUAGUUUGGAGGAAACUUUUAUCUAUACCAACAGGAGGCAUUUGUGCAUUCUUGAUGCGCGGGAGUUCGACCUUAACUAUUUCACCAUAAGGAGAGAGACCAAAGAGUAAUUUUUUCCUUUCUGAAUCAAAAUACUCUCUGGCAGAGAGGUGAUGAGUGGAGAGGAAAAUAUAAAGAAGAAGAGAUUGUUUGAAUGAACACGAGAUUUUCUGAACGUAUUCAUAAUCGCGGAAUCUAGUGGUUGAAAUAAUUCCUUUUUUAUUUGUUUUUGUUUGUUUGUUCUUCGAAUUUCAAUGUUUUAUUCUACGUAAUCAAAUUAAUCCUGCGUGGAAAAUUGAUUUUUGUUCAUUACGGAAUGUGUUUGGGAACGUUACAGAAAAUCCCACGAUUCAAUUCACCACUAAGUUUAUUGUACAACAAGCAUUAAAAAAAAUAAAUCGUAAUGUUUUAUGAAAAAAAAGUAAGUUCAUACUUUAUCUAAGUAUUUACAAGUUCUGCGAGGCUUCCUGACGAGUAAAGCAAGGAAUGAACGUUCUUAGGGGAUUUUGAGUUCUUAACGACAACAACAAAAAAAAAGACCUGGCUAUGUGAUCACGAGGGACUAUGCGACCCAUGUGAUAACUAAUUUAAAAUAACUUGACCUCGUGUUCCUCAAAAGAAUAGUUUGAUUUGCUUCUAAUUAAAUUCGUUCUUCAGCCCCCUAAGAAGACGUCAACUUUAAAGCAUAUACAAUACAAUGGUUGGGUCAAUGAAAACUCAUGCCCAGAUCCUCAGGAUAUACUUGACCUGAUGACUACUGUACAACAGUCUCAGCAGCAAUCAGGAAAUAGAGUCAUAGUUUUCCAGUGCAGGUAUAAUGAGCACGUCUCUUACUGAUGUUAUCAUACGUUUAAAUGUUGUAAUAGACGUGAUUCUAUACCUACUAGGCGUUUGGCUAAUAAUGGUGCACUUAUGCUAGAAUAGCGUAUGGUUACUCGAAUCAUAUAUGACUUUAUGUACAUACUUUUUGCAUAACGCAUUCAGACUGUAAACAGAACAUAAAACAACAUAGCUUGUCUACAAAAGAUACAACUAUCCAGAGUGUCUACAUUAGAUACGGCUGUCUAAAUCUAUCUACAGGCACCCAUUUACACUAUCUGUUAGAUUGAGCUAUCCACGCAGACUAUAUCAGAUGAGCCAUCUUCACCGUCUACAGUACAUACAGCUAUCUACACUGUCUCUAUUAGAUACAACUAUUACACUUUCUAAAGUAUAUACAGUUUUCCACUCUAUGACAAUUAGAUACAGCAAUAUACACUAUCUAUAGUAAGUACAGCUUAGUUUAUUCACUUUCUACAGUGGGUAAAGCUAUCCAAACUGUCUACAAUAGAUACAGUAUUUACUGGAGACAGUUUAGUUGGCUGUAUCUGGCGUGGUCAGUGUUAAUGGUUUUAUCUUUCUGAAAACAGUAGAUACUUGACACUUUGGAAGUUAGAUGCUAGGAGAACAAAGGCAAGAACCUGUAAUACGAAUCUACCACUGUGCACUUUUCAACUUUCUUGAUUAGUUCUCCGUUUAUCUUUCUACAGUGAUGGUACUGGUCGUAGUGGCUGCGUAGCCACCAUAAUGUCAGUGAUUGAACGAGUCAAGACUGAACAAACAGUCGAUGUUUUCCAGACUGUGAAACUAGUUCGAGCAAAGAGACCAGGUGCAGUCAACACUCUGGUAAGUUAAAAAGUGUCAUGAGCCACUGUUAUAGCUUUUUUCAGGUGUAAAUUGCUAAGGGCGUAACAGGGGAGUUCUUCUCCGGGGUGAGUUGGGAAUACAAGAGAAACCCAAGAUAUCUGCCUGAGAUGGGUGGAAGGCUGGGUUAUGUUCAUUUCCUCCCCCGCCCUAGAAACUGCGCCUGAGCUUCCCAUUGGAGGAAUCACAGGAGAAGUCAUCCCUUUUGGUCUGCAAGUUAAGUGUGUCUUCUGGUCUCUUUUCUGUCUGGUUUUUCAUCAUGUUUAAUAGUUUUUGCUGCUUUUUCACAUAUUAAGCUUACUUUGCACAAUGCUGAGGGCUUACAGAUCAAUAGCAUAUCCUUCGUGAGCUUAAGAUGUGUUUCUGUUUUUGUUUUUAUCUUUCAGGAGCUGUACAUGUUUUGUUACAAAACAGUUCUAGCUUACUUAGACUCUUUCAGCACCUACUCAAACUUUGCAGAAUGCUAGAAAGCAUUGCAAAGUAAAAAACAAAUGUGAUAGAAAGAAGUAAUACACAUCUCGGGUGUUUUUACAAAGCUGUUUUCUGCAGCUUUUUUCCCUCGUAUUCAAAUUUUUGUAACAAAUUAUAUUUACCUCUAGGCGGAUGGCCUUUCCCCCCUAAUAGUUUUGCUAAAAAAGUUUUUAUUAUAUAUUUUAGUAUUUUGUCAUAGGAAGUAGGUAAAAUACGUCCGUGCAAGUGGAUGUAUUGUCAGCUGGAAGAGGUUCACCGCUUGAUUGUGGAUAAAUUUACAUCAGAUUUUGCUAUGGUAACUUGACAAACAAACAUGUGCCCCUGUAAGGCUUAGGACUAUGGCAAUAUCAGGAAUUCUGUUAUCCUACUUUUCAAAUUAUGCAAUUAAAAGAAAGAGAUACUGGGUGUAUGUACAAAGAAGUUAUUACAUUUGUAGAGUUUUGUGUUAUUUUUAAAGGUAAUUGUACAGGAAAGUUUCUGAUAACCUACAUAUUUCAUGAUGUCUUUUUUCUUAAAAGUCUAUAUGAAGUUUCAUAGCUAUCGUUUUCUAUCAACAGUGUUGGAUUAAAAGUGGUUUGUAGUUCUAUAGUUUGUUUUGGAGAGUUAUGGUGCCUUUUUUUGCCUUUUCUCUUUUCAUCUGAAUUUAAUUCACAUUUUUUCAAUUAGAACAUCAUAAUUUCUUUAACAGUAUUUUUUUCUCAGAAAUAAGAUAGAAUUGUGUAGAGUUAGAUUUUUUAUAAUUAAACGAUUAACUGAUUUAUUUUUUGAACGAUUAAUUUGGAAUUCAAACGUGCAAAGCACAUUGAAAUAUAUUUUUACUAAAGUAAAAGAUAGAGUUCACGUAUAUAGUUAGUACAUUAGUUAUAGAUUUAUAUUCAUAUAGUAAAUGUUUGAUUGAUUAAUUGACUGAAAUUGGUAUUUGUUGAAAAACAUGGUCAUAUCUUAAUAUGGUUCCCCAUUUCAUUAUUAACAUUUUCUAUGUAUGUUUUAUGAAUUUCUGAGUGAUCGGCUUGCAGGUUCUUAUUAAAUAUUCUUCUAAAAAGUUUAAGAG